AUGUUGUACGAAAUGAUAGGAGUGGUACGGCCCGGCCGUCUCACCGAAGUAAAAGAAAUCGCCAAAACCGCCGGCAAGAUCGUCCUAGAGCGAAACGGCGUCGUGCGCGGCGUCUCGAACUGGGGCACUUUCCUGCUCCCGAAGGCCAUGAAGAAACUGCAGACGACACACCACUACGGCCACUAUUUCAUCAUGCGCUUCGAUGCCAGCGCACGCGCACAACACUCGCUGCGAAAGACAAUGUCGCUCGACCCUCGUAUGAUUCGAUACUCUAUCGUGAAGAUGGGCACAAAGUUCGAGGAGAUCAAGGACAUCACAGGGAAGGCUGAGUUCAGGUGA